AUGGAGGUCAUCACUCUUCUCCAAGGAGACGAAGACUCCCACCUUACACCAUUUUUCAUGUGCCACGCCAUCUCAGGGCUCGCAUUACCCUUUCUCCGCCUUGAGGCCCUCAGCGAAGACGAUGAGAGGCCAGUAUACGGCAUCACCUCCCCUAUGCAUUGCCCUGGAGGCGAUGAAUUUGAAUUCCCCGAAACACUGCGAGACCUCGCUGCACUCUACGUCGAGAAGAUCAAAGAAGUCCAGCCGAUGGGCCCUUACUUAUUGGGAGGAUGGUCAAUGGGCGGUAUGAUCGCCAUGAAUAUGGCCAUGGUCCUGCGCGACCAGGGAGAAAAGGUUACAAAGGUAAUCAUGCUCGACUCGGCCAACCCAGAGACCUUCCCCUCGUUCCCCAGCGCCAAGGAUCAUCGCUCCCUCACCCACCUCACCUUUACCAGAACCGUUGCUGCCGACAUCAGGCUGAUGGACGCCGACUGUUCUCCCAUCGGAUCACCCGUCAUCAGCGAGAGCGAGUUCGGAGACUAUCUUACCCCCAGUGAGAACCGAACGAGUACGUGGGGAACCUUUACAACAGAGGUCUCAUACUCAAGCAGCACUUCGAGCGAUUACGAAGACGACAGUCCGGCUUGGUCCCCGAGCACCCCAGGGUCGCCAGCGUGCAGCAGUGACGCCGGAUCAGAAUACUGUCCCGAGCAAAAUCGAAUGCUAGAGGACUUUCCUACCGAGGAUCAAAUCGACGCUGAGAUCCUGACAGCCGCCCACGAACUCGAGGUCGCCAAACACAAAGAUGAAGAAGAAGGCGACGAGGACGAGGAGGCGGACCAGGAUGAACAAGAGUUAGACGAUAACGAGCCGGACCAGGUCCGCGACUUUUUGCAAAAGAUCAAGAAGCACAUCCACAAAGGCCUCGGCCUCAUCUCGACCGUCGAGCCGGGCCAGCUGCUCCCCAAAGACGGUGUUUCCGACUUCCACACCGUCCUCAUCAAGUGCAAGCCCGACCCGUUUGACGACCCUAACUUGACCCAGCGAGAGCGCGAGGGCGUCAUCUUUGUCCGCUCCGUCAUGCGCGAGAAGGCCAUGUGCUGGGAGGCGGACAAGUUUGCCAAGUUUGAGACGGUGCCCUUUAGCGGCGACCACGAUGGCGCGUUUGAGCCUCAGCACGUGGGCGAGCUGAGCGGCAUUUUCAGAAAGUGUUUGCAGGGUCUAGCAUGA